AUGGCCAAAAGAAAGAGAAGCAACCAAUUCCAUAGUUUCACUAACAUGGAAGUCAUCAAUCAACCCUCAAUAGAUCUUAAGUUUCCUCGUCUAGCUCUAGCCUCUAUUGGUCUAGAGAACACUGAGGCUAAUCGCCAGGUAUAUAGGACACUGCUUGUUACUGUUCCCAUUUCAGGUGCCACUCUCUUUGAGGAGACUCUCUACCAAUCCAUCACUGAUGGGAAGAAAAUGGUUGAUGUGCUUGUUGAGCAAAAUAUUGUUCAAGGUUGA